AUGGAUACAAACUAGAAGAGUUUGUUCCACAAAAGACUUCAGCUUAUAUUAGCCAAAAUGACGUGCACAUUCCUCAGAUGACUGUGAGGGAAAUACUGGACUUUUCAGCCCGUUGUCAGGGUGUCGGAAGCCGGGCAGAGGUUAUGAUGGAAGUCAGUAAAAUGGAGAAGGAAGCUGGAAUUGUUCCGGAUCUAGACAUAGACACUUACAUGAAGGCAAUUUCUGUUGAAGGACUAAAAAGAACACUUCAAACAGACUACAUACUAAAGAUCCUCGGACUUGAUAUCUGUGCUGACAAUCUACUUGGAGAUGCAAUGAGAAGAGGUAUAUCUGGUGGUCAGAAAAAGAGAGUGACUACAGGGGAGAUGAUUGUAGGUCCUACAAAAGCUCUGUUUAUGGAUGAAAUCACAAAUGGCUUAGAUAGUUCCACUGCAUUUCAAGUUGUUACUUUUCUUCAGCAGCUGGUGCAUAUCACAGAUGCUACAGUACUGGUUUCGCUUCUUCAGCCAGCACCAGAAACCUUUGAUCUCUUUGAUGACCUCAUUUUAAUGUCAGGAGGAAAGAUUGUGUAUCAUGGUCCACGAGAUCAUGUUCUAGAGUAUUUUGAGGAUUGCGGCUUUAGAUGCCCUGAAAGGAAAGGGAUUGCUGAUUUUGUCCAAGAGGUUAUCUCUAGGAAAGAUCAAGCACAGUACUGGCAUCACACAAAAGUACCUUACAGUUAUGUUUCAGUUGACAUUUUCUCUAGGAAGUUCAAGGAGUCUCCUUAUGGGAAGAAGCUAGAUGAGGAGCUCUCAGAGCCAUAUGAUAAAUCCCAAAGCCAUCAGAAUGCUCUCUCAUUUAGUCCAUAUUCUCUUUCUCAAUGGGAACUUUUCAAAGCUUGUGCGUCGAGGGAACUUCUUCUCAUGAAAAGGAAUUCUUUUAUCUAUAUAUUCAAAACAACUCAGCUUGUUAUUACUGCAUUUAUCACGAUGACUCUAUUUUUACGGACUCGCAUGGAUGUUGAUGUUAUGCACGCAAAUUACUAUUUGGGUUCCUUGUUUUGUGCUCUUAUCGUCUUCCUUUUUGAUGGGAUGCCAGAGUUGUCCAUGACUGUUCAAAGGCUUGAAGUAUUCUACAAACAUAAAGCAAUGUCUUUCUACCCAGCUUGGGCUUAUGCAGUUCCAGCAAGCGUUCUAAAGAUUCCUCUUUCAUUUGUGGAAUCUCUAGUUUGGACAUCCCUUACAUAUUAUGUUAUUGGCUAUAGUCCUGAGGUUCAGAUGUUCUUCCGCCAGUUUUUUCUACUUUUUGCGGUGCACUUCUCUUCAUUAUCCAUGUUCCGUUUCCUGGCCUCAGUCUUCCAGACUAAUAAUGCUUCGUUGACAGCUUCUAGUUUUGCAAUAUUAUUUAUUGUAUUAUUUGGCGGCUUCAUCAUCAACAAAUCUUCUAUACCUGUUUGGUUGAAGUGGGGUUUCUGGGUUUCUCCCCUGACGUAUGGAGAGAUAGGCCUUUCUGUAAAUGAAUUUCUUGCCCCAAGAUGGCAGAAGAUGUUGUCCACAAACAUUACAAUAGGGCGAGAAAUACUUGAAAGUCGAGGACUAAACUUUAAUGGAUACCUAUAUUGGAUAUCACUUGGUGCCUUAUUUGGAUUUGCAUUAGCUUUCAACAUUGGAUACAUCCUGGCCUUAACUUUCUUGAAGUCUCCUGGAUCAUCUCGUGCUAUUAUUUCGCAUGAAAAGCUCUCCAAAAUUCAAGGAAGUGAAGAUUCACACCAUGAUGCCCAUGUGGACAAAAAAUCUAGAAAUUUUCCUCCACAUACUAAUAUGGAACCACAUAAAGGCAGGAUGGUCUUACCUUUUACACCAUUAACAGUAGUGUUUCAAGAAGUGCAAUACUAUGUUGACACUCCCUUGGAAAUGAGGGAAAGGGGAUUCACCAACAAAAAACUCCAACUUCUUUCUGAUAUUACUGGUGCAUUGAGGCCUGGUGUUCUUACAGCAUUAAUGGGUGUCACUGGAGCUGGGAAAACAACUCUUCUUGAUGUUCUAGCAGGGAGAAAGACAAGUGGCUAUAUCAAAGGGCAAAUAAAGAUUGGAGGGUAUCCCAAGGUUCAAGAAACGUUUGCUAGGAUAUCUGGUUACUGUGAGCAAACUGAUAUACAUUCUCCUCAAAUCACUGUAGAAGAAUCGGUCAUGUUUUCUGCUUGGCUCCGUUUGUCUCCUGAGAUAGACUCAAAAACUAAAGCUGAAUUUGUGGACGAAGUCCUGGAGACUAUUGAGCUUGAAGAAAUAAAGGAUGCCUUAGUAGGCAUACCUGGGAUUAGUGGUCUAUCAACUGAGCAGCGUAAGAGGCUUACAAUAGCUGUGGAGCUUGUUGCCAACCCUUCUGUUAUCUUCAUGGAUGAACCAACAACGGGUUUGGAUGCAAGAGCAGCUUCAAUUGUGAUGCGAGCAGUGAAGAAUGUAGUUGAUACAGGAAGAACAAUUGUUUGUACCGUCCACCAACCUAGUAUUGACAUAUUUGAAUCAUUUGAUGAGCUGAUCCUUCUAAAAGCUGGUGGACACAUGAUAUACUCUGGACCAUUAGGACAGCAUUCAAGUAGGGUUAUUGAAUAUUUUGAGGGUAUUCCGGGAGUUCCAAAGAUCAGAGAUAAUUAUAAUCCAGCAACAUGGAUGUUAGAGGUCAUUUCUACAUCUGCAGAAGUUGAACUUGGUGUAGAUUUUGCCCAUAAAUACAGGGAGUCUACUUUAUAUGAGAACAACAAAGAGCUUGUAAGGCAGUUGAGUACUCCACUUCCUGGUUCAAAAGAUCUGCAUUUUCCUACCCGCUUUUCACAAAAUGGUUGGGGACAAGUCAAGUCUUGCCUAUGGAAACAGCAUUUGGCUUAUUGGAGGAAUCCUGGAUACAACUUGAUGCGUAUCAUUCAUGCGCUUGUAGCAGCUUUAUUAUUUGGGGCAUUAUAUUGGAACCAAGGAAAAAAAUUCAGAACUUGUUCAACACAUUCGGUUCAAUGUAUGUGGCUGUGUUCUUCUUGGGCAUAAAUAACUGCUUAACAGUUAUACCACUUGUCGCAACAGAGCGAAAUGUUAUGUAUCGGGAAAGAUUUUCAAGGAUGUACUCUUCAUGGGCUU